AUCUGAAGGGGCAGUUAGGCCCGGGGUGGGGCGGGCUGCGUGCAAUACGUUAGAUGCGCAGAGAGGGCAGGAGAGAGGAGGGCAGGCCGUGAUUUGAGUUUGCGCAGACAUUUGCUGCAAUAAUUUAAAUGUAUUAAUCAUCCCUCGUUAAUUAGCCCCAGGACUGGGCGGGAAGGAGAGCGGACAUGCAGAGUUACUCAGAUGCGCCCAGGUGGAUGGCGGUGCAUAUGUAAUAACUGAAAGUGUCGUUUAAAUAUAUACGCAGAUCUGCCUUCAUAAGAAAAUAUUUAGGUCGCUGCAUUAAUAUUCCUGAAGGUGGGUAAGCUAGUCAUUUAGGUGCCUCGUUCUCGUAAAAAAUAUAUAUAUGGAUUUUCACCCUUCGCACUGGAUGGCUCAUUUGGUAGAGCAAGAGAUUCUUCAUCUCAGGGCUAUUGGGCAAAAGGUUUCUGCAUUGCAGGCGGUUUGACUAGAUGACCCUCAUUGGUCUCUUGCCAUUCUAUGAAAUUGACACCUACGGUUCAUUUAUGUAGUAGAAAAUAUGUCAUCCCCCCCCCCCCCCGAUAUACAGUGGUACCUCGGGUUAAGUACUUAUUUCGUUCCGGAUGUCCGUUCUUAACCUGAAACUGUUUUUAACCUGAAGCACCACUUUAGCUAAUGGGGCCUCCCGCUGCCGCUGCGCCGCCGGAGCACGAUUUCUGUUCUCAUCCUGAAACAAAGUUCUUAACCCGAGGCACUAUUUCUGGGUUAGCGGAGUCUGUAACCUGAAGCGUAUGUAACCUGAAGCGUGUGUAACCCGAGGUACCACUGUAAUGCUGAAACUUCAGCGUAUUAACAGCUUCCCCUUUUGGUUCCUAUCCAAAGGUUUUCAUGCUGAACUACUUACUCAUUGUUACUAAGUGGUUGCUAAUCGGGGGGAAAUAACAUUUAGAUACCCCAAUGUUUUGAAAAUUACUAUGUGUUUUUUACUCAGAAGUACUAGCUGAGCAAUCCUAACCUCGGGCCAUGUGGCCCCAGGGACCCUAGAGCGGCUGGCACAGCAGCGGGAACCAAAUCCAUCCCAUAUCCAGUGGUUCAUCGGCUGUCCUUGCUCUGCCUGUCCCUGUGCCCUUAAUGCUCCAUUUGGGGUGUCUUGUCCUAGCUACCGAGGACAGCAGGAAUUUCAGCAGUGGCAGAGCCCAUUCUUAACCUACCCAGCCCAUUCUUAACCUACUCGAGAGUUGGACUGCAGCCCAAAUCUUCAAAUAUCAGACUCCCCCCCCCCCCAAGAAUUAUGUGCUUCAGUUACGCUUGCUGGGGGCCUAAAGAAGUUCCCAAAUGGUGGUUUCCAGACGAACUUCAUUCAGGUGGUCUACAGCUUGUCUGAAAUUACAAUUAAAAAUCAUACAGCAUCUAGUGCAAUACAUUGAAAUUGCUACAAAAGGCAGAGCGGUCUGCCAAUUUUCAUGUGGCCCAUGGGGCGAAGUGGCGGGGGGAGGGCAAGUUUGGGAACCACUGGGUUAGAGGGCAGAAGCCUUGCUGCAAUGAUGCAACACCAGGUAUGCCACUAAAAAUAUACUGGUGAAUACCUCAGAUAUGCUAGAGGUGCACUUCAUCAUAGCGCAAAGAUAAAAUACUAUAUGAAACUUCCCUCUACUUUAUUGAAUGUAGCCACAACCUUAACAAACCUGUCAGCCAAAAGGAGUACAAUAACUGGAUGAAGUAAUACGAAAGUGCCACAUAGACCAAGUGGGUUUUCCAGGGCUUUUUGAAAACCUAAAGUGUGGCUAUUUCACACAGGGUUGCACUGCUGAGAUCAAUGACAUCGGAAAGUGCACAGCUUUGGAUUGUGUCUGUGUUUGCAUAAAACCUGCUGCUUUCUUUUUUUUGUAUGUUUGUGUUGUGGCGUUUAUCCCACAGGAGUGAAUAUAUGUUUUAUUUAUUACAUUUCCAUCCAAACCUUUAUUCAAGGAGCUCAAGGUGGCAGGCAUAACCUCCCUUCAUUUCAUCAUUACAACAACCCUGUGAGGUUGUUGCUGAGAGAUAGUGACCAGCCUAAGUGAUCCUCAUCAAGGAAUGGGAAUGGUGUGAGUCUAACAAUCCAGCCCAGUGGUUCUCAAACUUUUUCUCUGGGAAAUACUUUCAGAAUAAAGUAUGAACUGCCCUGAGACCUCUGGGUAAAGGGAGGUAUAUAAAUUCAGUUAAUAAUAAUAAUAAUAAUAAUUUGCUUGCACCACACUGGAUUUUUAUUGAUAAGAAACACAUUGGAAAACAAAACAAAAAAUAGAAGUGCUUGAUUUAUAUCAUAGAACACACCUACUUUAUAAUAUAAGGGAUGCAGGUGGCGCUGUGGGUUAAACCACAGAGCCUAGGACUUGCCGAUCAGAAGGUCGCUGGUUCGAAUCCCCACGAUGGGGUGAGCUCCCGUUGCUUGGUCCCAGCUCCUGCCAACCUAGCAGUUUGAAUGCACGUCAAAGUGCAAGUAGAUAAAUAGGUACCGCUCCAGCGGGAAGGUAAACGACGUUUCUGUGCGCUGCUCUGGUUCGCCAGAAGCGGCUUAGUUAUGCUGGCCACAUGACCUGGAAGCUGUACGCCAGCUCCCUCGGCCAAUAAAGCGAGAUAAGCGCCACAACCCCAGAGUUGGCCACGACUGGACCUAAUGGUCAGGGGUCCCUUUACCUUUACUUUAUAGUAUGAUCAUGGGACAUCCAGAAUGUAUAAAACAACGCAUAAGAACACAAAUCAUCUCCCAGAUACAAUAUUGAUUGCCCUUGAAUCUUCCUGCCAUCCUCUCCUGCCCAACCCAUGUGAUACGCCACACCCUUUUGAGGACCACUGCUCUAGCCACUAGGUCAUGGAUGGGUUGUUAGGAAAUGCAUCUCUUUGUUGCCUCAGUUGUUGGUUCCAGUACGAUUUGAUCACUUGGGUUGUGGAAUGCCAUCCCUAGUGAGCUGUGCCAGUUUCCAUUUUUAUUAACUUUCAGGAGGAAUGUGAAAACAUAUCUUUACCUUGGGUAGGCAAGGUGGUAUACAAAUUAAAUCAAUAAUAUAUUCAAGAAAUAAUAUGUGGUUUAAGUAGAAUCCUUUUCAGCUGUGAGAUUUCAAUUACAUCUUCAUUAGUCCCUUAGGGAAAGAUCUCUUGCCAACAUGAAAUACCCUCCAUAGAUGUGGAGGACAGCGGAUGGUUGGGAUAUCAUUUGUGACCACUGCUGUCUUUGCUAGGAUGGCAUGGGAACAGGUGAGUUGGUUGAGGUCAAAUAUGUGCACAUUUGUCCCUCAUUGAUUUCUGUACCAGUGAAGAGGCUCCUCUCUUCCAGAAGCAAAGGAAAUUUCAGUUUUCUCUAGCAGCAGAUGGUGGAGAGUGGGGCAGGGAGAAGGGGAAGGACAGGACGACCCAGGAAAUAAUGGCACAAUUAGUUGAAAAGCUCUGGAAUGUAAGAGUUAUCGAUGGACCUUUUGGUCCAAUCCAGCAAGGCAGUUCUUACUAUGCUCCAGUCUUGCUUUUGAUUAAGUCAAUUUAGGCUGCAAUCCUGUAACCAGGGAGCAAGCCCCAUCGAAGUACAUGGGACUGACUUUCUUAGGCAGUCAUGUUUCUAGGGUUGCAGUGUGAAAAUCUUCAUUUUAACAGAAAGUAUACUUUGCUCACAAUGAACUGGCUGGCUGAGAGCACAAUAAGAACUGCCUUCCUGUAUGGAGCAAAAGGUCUUGUCAAGCCCAGCAUCCUGUAUCCAGCUCAAUAAGUUCACAAGCAGAGUGUAGCAGGGAGACCCUCUUGUCCUUUGUUCUUGGCAUCUGCUAGCAGAGGUGUCUUGCGUCUGUCCGUGGAGCAACCAUGUCCGCAUUACAACUGAUGCCAACAGGGUGGGACUUUGGGGGGACCCUCUCAGCAGAAUAAGUAGAAGGGCCCCUAAACACAGCAUUGUUGGCAAAUGAAGUAAUGCACAUUUCCAAAUGAAGGUGGUUCCUUGGAGACCAUGGACUCCAUAGCCUAAGCUUGCCUUGUUGCACCAUGCCUUAGCUGUCAUGCCUACCAGCCGCUACAAUACUUUCCUCCAAUAAUUUAUAUAUGGGGGGGGGGGGAUGACCAAAAUAACCAGCGGAAUAGUUGUACUUUGUUGACCAGAGUGAUGUGCUGACUUUUUAUUGGAGGAGAAUCUUCUGUUAGUUAGGAGACUAAUCUAAUUUCUGACAUUCUCUCCCACUCCCAGUUUUUGCAGAUAGAAUUUCCCUAUUUCUUUCUCCUGGGUUUUGCGGCCUAUCCUAGCUUCUUCUACACAGUGUAUCGGUUUCUGCGUCGCUUUGGGAAAAUGGAGGAGCUCAAUGCAGUCUAUGUAUCUGCCAAGUGAGAGACUACCUGGACACCCAGAUUCUCUUAGUGUGUGUGUGUGUGUGUGUGUGUGUGUGUGAGAGAGAGAGAGAGAGAGAGAGAGAGAGAGAGAGAGAUGGCCCUACCAUUCAUCAGAUGGGGGUGAAAGGUGGGAAGGAUGGAGCAAUGAUGAGGUGUUGAAGGAAGGAGCCCUGUGUGCCCUUGCCUUCUGAUAUAGUGGAGAGGCAGUCCUAUGCUGAAGUUCAAAGCAAGAUUCAGCUGCCAGUCCGGUCAGCUCCUGUAGGUAAUAUCUUUGGCCCACCUUAGAAAUGGGUUAAAGCAAUUCAUAAAACCAGGUCACCUCUGUUCUUUGGGAAACCCACCUGCUGCAGUUCCUAUAGUCCAGCACAAGGUGUCAGUAUUGCUUUAGUUAGUUCCACAGGCACUUGCCAGGCUCUUUCCACCCACCUAUCAAAGGUCACAUCAGGGUCACCUGCUCAGCAGGUGGAGCUUUAUUGGAGGAUUAGUCCCUAAUGCUUUGGGAGUGGAAAGGGUUAAUUGCCCCCACCCACCCCCUUGAUUUUGCCUCUCUCUCUUCCCCCCCAACACCCUCCCACUUCCCACAUCAGAGACCUGAUCCUUCCUCACAAACCAGGCUGGGAUUAUAGGAUUAGCCUAAAUCAUCCUGUGAGCACGACUUCCUGCUAAGCGAGGGAGGGAGGGAGAGAGAGGGGAAGGGAUGAUGUGGCACUCAGGGGGUUAAUUCUGCUGCCUGAUUAGCCGCAAAUGGGGGGGAAUGCCUCCUCCUCCCCCCACCCCCAAUCUUCUUAGCCAGCUUCUCCCAGUUUAAAAGAGGCAGAGGCUAAACCCAGGGGACUCCCUGCUGCGGUGAGGGUUUGAAGGAGAUGAAUGGGCAGAUUCCUCUCCCUCCUUCCGCCACUCUUCCCUGUCCCAAGCCUCCCGCUCUGAGUCACCACCCCAAACCUCUCCCCGCUUCGGAUCCACCUAUAGAGUCCAGCAGCCCCAACCCGCAUCCUCUCCCUGCCUCCCUCCUAUCAGCACCCGCUUCUUCCCUUUCCUCCUCCUCCGGCGGCAGCGCAGCCCCUGUCUCCAGUUCCUGGGCUCUGCUGCCGCUGCUUCCCCCUGAGCUCCUGGCUGCGCUGAUCCUCGCAGCAUCCUCCUUCCGCCCGCUCCUCUCCUCCGCCAGUCCCUCCACACACCACAGGCCACUGUCUCUUUAAGUUCCCUCCCGCACUGUGCUGACAGCUGCUCCCUGCUCCCCCUCCCUCCCCUGGCUCUGUCUCUCUGUCUGUCACAGCAGCUCUGCUUGGGACCAACCCGCACACCACCGCCAUCCCCCCCUUCCCUCUCCAUCCCCCCCUCGCCCCCUUGGAUACCAUGAGUCUUCCUCGAGGGGAGCGCCUGGAGGGAUCCUAGCCCUGCUGACCCUCCCCAUCUGUGUGGCCCCCUCCUCCUCCUCCUCCUCCUCCUCCCCCCUCAACCCUGCAGCCUGAGCGAGAUGUUUCACGCCUUGGUAGCAGGGGGCAUUGUCUUCCCCGGCCUCUUCUUGUUGUCCAAGAACGGCCUCAAGUGGCUGCCAUGGCUGCGAUGGGAGGAGGCCGACGCGGUCAUCGUCUCCGCCAGGUAACCAGGGAGCCAGGGGAGGGAGGAUGCAGCCAGGGUCCAGCAGCGGAGGGUGGGCCGCAUCAGGCGAGGGUGGGCAUCCAGCAGGCCUCAGGUGUGAGGGGCUAGGACUCUUCCCUCCCAUAUUUUCUUGAAGGAUGAGGGUGGAAGCUGUGGGUCCAGGGCGUCAGGGAAAGGGGCAGGCUCCUUUGAAAGGGGAGUGGUACAAGGGCAUAGAGAGGAUGGGCUAUGAACUAGGUUUUUCUAAUGAGGCUCUUUUUUAAAAUAGGUCCUAGAAUGAGGCGGGGUUGGGAGCCAGGUUUCCUGGGUCCGUUGGGAUUGGAAUGGGGUGCAGCAAGUUGCAAAGUGGCUUUCCCUAGUGGAUCCGUGGGCAUAUCUGCAAGGAAGCAGAGGGACAGAUCUGCUGGAUUCUCUGGGAGAGAUGGAGUGCCUGGAACCAUGAGCCAGACCUCUGGGUUUCUCAAGGAGAGAUCGGGGCAUAUUAAUUGGGAAUCAAGAGCUGAGCUAAAGCUCAACUUGGGUGAUGAGGUGUCGCUAUCCCACGAUGACAGCCAAUAGAAGCAGUAGCCCAUAUAAACCCAGGGUUCCUCUCAGCAAGAUGUUUGGAGCCCAGCAUUGAGGAGAUUGGUGAAGCCACAGUUAGGGUUAGGGUUUGGCAAGGUCUGUGACUUGUGAGGGAUGAGAUUCCUGGGGAUCUGCUGUUAAGAGGGUGUUUCAGGAGAUCAAGGCUGUUUGCUGGGCUUUCCAGGAGUGUUAAGACACUUGGUCUGCUCAGUGCUUCCAGGGGGACGCUCUGGGGCAGAAUGUCUGGUUGCUCUCAUUGCUUAGUGCAUAUAUCUAGGCGCUCAAAAGCUGCUCCAGGGUUGGCAGUCUCUGGUGAUCACAUGACAAGGCUGCGUGUCAGGGUCACGGAGCAGCUGAGGCUCUUAGCAAUUGUUGCUGAUCCCCUAAGAUGACCUUAAGAUAGCAGCUGUUCUGGGAUGGCAAAGAGCAUGGAUUUGAAGGUGCUUGGCAGGGCUCAAGGUGGAGGAGGCCCAGAUCAGCUCCAUGGGGCAUUUCAUUGCUCUGAGGUCUGCUGGUCUGGAUUCCCGGGGUCAGAACUGGAAUGGGGAGCAGACUAUUGAGUCCAAGAGAAGAGAGAGGCAAUGGCAGUUAACUUUGUUUUUGUUUCCCCCUCCUUCCCUACAACAGGUUUGUCUCCUCGGUGCAGGCCAUCAUGGCUUCCACGGUUGGCUACAUCGUCUCCUCUUCCUGCAAGCACAUUAUCGACGACCAGUAAGUCAGCAUUUGCUGUGUGCAUGCCAGCCCAGCACUGCAGUGCGGUAACCUCUCUCUCCCUGUGUCUCCCACACCUUUCUCAACCUCACUUUCUGAACGCGGCCCAGCAGAGUGUUGGCAAGGUCACGCUAGUGAGAAACCUGACACCUUCACCGGGAUGGGCACCAAAUUUAGAACAGGAUGACAGUGACAUGUUACAGGCAGAUGUGCAGCAAGGAGUAGGCCUGGGAAGAAGUCAGUACAGGGAACUGGAAGGCAGAGCACAGGAAAUGAAAUAAUCUUACCAGCAGGAGGUGCUGUAGGGAACAGCAUUGGUGGAAGCAGUGGCUUGUGGGAAGAGGACAGUGCCUUGCUGUUUCUGCCCCAUAAGAAGGCAUUUGGGAGGUAGUUGGAGAGUAAAGUCAUGAACUCUGUUUUUGAAAGCUGCUCCCACUUGCUACAAAUCCAACAGGGGGUGCUGGAAAGAGAGAGCAGGGCAAAAGCAAUGGCAAUGACUGAGGCAGAUUGGCCUGUGUGGCACAGAGCGCUGUCCGUGGUGCUGCAGAAAUGCCAGCCUCAUUCUUCCAGCUUCUAAGUUCAGCACCAUGGGCAGUUCCCUCUUGCACAAACGUUCCCAAGGUCCCAUGCAGUUCAUGGGGCAACUGAGUUGAGGAUUCCCAGAGCGUGUGCUGGAGAGAGAGCAAAGGGGCAGGAGCCGCUAGUCCCACUGGAUUCUAGGACAGCUGCCAGACCUCAGUCUCUGCAGAGACCAAUUUGGCAAGAGGGCAGCUCUGCAGGGCAAGCAGGACCAUAAACACAGCAGGAACCCAGAGAGCUCCUGGAAGAGGGACGGGAUAGAGGUGUGGGGUGUGUAUGUGUCUGGGCCUUUUCCAAUCUGCCAUCCCUUUUCGCUUUGCCAUCAGGAUUGCUUCAUUUCACGCUAAUGAAUUUAGCUGGGAUUAUUCCCUUCCCCAGGACAGGCUAGAAUGGGGGGCACGUGUGCUAAUUCUCCCCUAGGAUAGAGCAGGGCAGGGGAUUAGACCAAAGCAACAGCUGUUUCUACUGCUGAUUUGCGUUCUGUGGAUUCAUAAUUGGCUUUAUUGGGCAACCAGUGAUGACGAAUUCCUGGGCUCCCUAGAGGGGGGAGUGGGCUCUAGCAGGUUACAUCAUCUGGAGGCUGGAUAUCUGGGUUUUUGGAGAGUAAACUCCAGCUGGUUAGAGCAAGGCAGUUAGAGGCAGGAGUUGAGGAUUCUCUUAAGGCAAAGAGAAGAGUUUCCAGAUUUCUGUAUAUCCAUUACAAUGCUCUCACUGUGCCCUUUGCACUGGGAAUCUCCUGUUGGGAAGCAAUGUGGGUGAGGGUAGGCAAGAUUUCAACUCUUUCGAAGCGUUCCCUUAACUGACCCCAGUGCCGGGCUCCUGAUAUCAUCUUUGCAGUCCUGUAGCACAGAAACCGUCUACCAGUGCCCCCACCUCCACCCCAUCUGAAUUCUGCUUGGAUCCCACCUGCCCCAUUUUGGUCUCCAAGCUGAGCACCCCACAGCGUCUCUUGGGCCCUGCAUCCCGCAUAGCACUGCAGCAUCCUGGCUGCUUCUCUGGCAUUUGGCCUAAUCACCUUGCAUGGAGCCAUCAGCACAAAUGCCCAGGCAGGCUGCAGUGGUGAGGGAGGAGAGUGACGAGAAGUCAGCUGGGGAGGUGGCAGUAAGGAAGUCACAGCCCAGACUUAAAGAAACAGCACUCCAUUUGCCUUCCUCUCAGCCUGAAGGGGGAAAGGGAUCAGGGCUAGAAGCACCUUUUUCAGUCCCUGAAUUCCCCUCUUAUCACCUGAAAUGGAAUAGGAUUAAGGCCAAUGUCCUGGACUUAUUUACAUUAAUCCUAUUACCUUUUAUAGAACUUGUGGACUUCUAAAUAAGCACAAGGUCGGAAGCAUGGUUCGCUGCCGGUAGUCAGACAAAAUAUCCCGGAUCUAAGGGGAUUGAGGGUGCCCUGACUGGGGGUGGCAGUGGGGCUACAGUCAGGAUUGAAAGGCAAUGUCAGGACAAGGUGAGGUGGGAAUGGCAGCCCGUAGCUUGGUUAUGGCCGUGGUCAGCGUGGCUUGGAGAAACAACAGGGAGCUGUUAAACCACAGAGAGCCCAGCAUUGUGAGAGCAGAGAGCAGGAAUGGAAGAACUUGGGGGGUAAUGGGCAAGGCUUUGUUCUCAUUGACCUUGUGUGAGCAGAGCGCAUCAGCAGGUCAUCAAUACUCAUUGAUCAUGGCCGUGAGCCUGUUCCAAGGGGGCGGGGCAGCUCCUCCUGCUCCCCCCCCCACUGGAAUUCCCUGCUGAGUCACUGCCAGGACUGUGUCUUGCUCACAACCUUCCCCUGCCCUAGCAUUCUUUCUCCUCCUUCUGCAGGCACUGGCUGACCUCCUCCUACACCCAGUUUGCCAUCCCCUACUUCAUCUACGACAUCUACGCCAUGUUCUUGUGCCACUGGCACAAGUACCGGGUCAAAGGGCACGAGUCGGCCGGCACCCGGACGCUGCGCACCGUCGUCCGCACCUACUUGCACAAGGAGUUCCUCAUGGUGGUCCACCAUCUCUUCAUGGUGCUGGUUUGCUUCCCCAUGUCCGUGGUGAGUGUGGCCUGGCGUGGGAACCUCUGACCACAGGAGGAGGAGGCGAGGAAGGGAUGGGAUGGGAUGCCGAUGCAUGGAGCAGAGAGGGGCUGUGUGCUUUAGAGGCUGCUAACGCCCACCCCCCAAAAGUCACCCUUUUCGCUUUCCCCCACUUCAGCUCUGGCGCCAGGGCAAGGGCGAUUUCUUCCUGGGUUGUAUGUUGAUGGCUGAGCUCAGCACCCCUUUUGUCUGCCUCGGCAAAGUCCUCAUCCUGGUAAGUAUGGCCCAGUCCUGUGGGUUUUCUGGGGAGAGGAAUGAGAACCCAGCGGGGCAGAGCAGGUUCUUGGGCUUCCUGGAGGGAGCUGGUUGUGUCCUGACUGCCCUCUCAACCCCUCCUCUUCUUUCCUGCCACAGUACAAGCAGCAACACACCCUUCUUCAUAAGGUGAAUGGGAUAAUCAUGCUGAUCACAUUCUUCUGCUGCCGGAUCCUGCUCUUUCCUUACAUGUACUGGGUAUACGGGCACUAUGCCGGCCUGCCCCUUUAUCGCGUGCCCUUCUCCAUCCCCGCCGAGUACAACUUGGGAUCGGCCAUCCUCAUGGCGCCCCAGGUUUACUGGUUUGGCCUCAUAUGCCGUGGCGCUUUCCGCGUAUACCGCUCCCAGGGCGCUGCCAAGGAUCAGGUGCUGCGAAAUGGGCACAGACCAGAGACGCAGGUGCUGGACUGAUGAUACCUCUCCCUCCUCAGCCACAGACGGACAGACCACAUUUCCUCUAACUUAUUUAUUUAUUGGGGUAUGGGAGGGACUGGAUGGAUUGGGGGAGUGGGCUCCUAGGCCAAAGGGGAUUUGGGUAGGCCUGGAAAGGCGUUGCGGGGGGCAGGGGGUUCCAGUAAAGUAUUCAGAAGGGACAAAGACAAUAGUCCUUUGGUGCAGUGUGGGGUUCCUUUGCUAAAGGCAGCCCUCUAAUAUGGUAACACUCAGUAUUUUGAAACUCCUCGGGGGUGGGGAUGGGGGUAGAGUCCUAAACCAAAGGGAUAUAUAUAUAUAUAUAUAUAUAUAUAUAUAUAUAUAUAUAUGAUGUUUCUUUUACAGAGGGACUUUCAGGCCAGUGGUUAUAUAGGAGGGCUGAGAACAGGGUACAUGGAUGAAGUUUAUUUGAGGCUGCAAGAUAAGAACAAGGCAUCUCUAGUGUGUUAUGGGCUCUCGUAAAUCACCUCCCCAAAUAAUAUAUGUGCUAUUUAUUUCCACACAAUGCUGUGAGCACCCCAGGACUACCUGAGCCCAUACUAGGCAAGGAGACAACUCAGUUAUUUGGGUGGGGUGGUGCUGUUUCUUGGGAACAGAGAGAGAUGCUAGUGAUGGGGGUGGGGAGGUAGGGAAGAGAGACAACGGGGGCUUUUCUAUACUAUUAUCCAUAGAGUCACAGUAUCACAGCUAUUAUUAAAAGGGGCAGGGAAAUAGUCUGGAUUUCCUCACACUGUAUUGUUAGGGGUUCUAUCAGCAGAAUUAGGAAUUGUUGUAGGGUAGCUGAUAGGGAAACACCCUGGAAUUUUUGGAUGCUGCUAAAUUGCAAGUGAUCUUCAGUAUUACUGUGAUGCCACCUGCCCAGAAAACCCCCAAAUGCUGUAUAAAAUGUAUCCCCUUGCACUGGGAGGGUUCCAAGAGGUGUGCUUCCUAACAUGCACCCACCCCUCCCUCCACCUAGCAAUAACCAAGCCUCUUGCCUCCACCUCCUCCUCUGUUCGGCACACCAACCCCUUCCCUCUUCCCUCCUAGGAACGCCCAUUCCAUGGGGCAGGGAUCCAGCUGUAAAUAGGGGGUGGGCGGGCUGUAUUUAUAACCUGAGGUCUGCAAAAGUAUUAAAGGAGCCUUUAUCUAAUGCCA